GGUCGCCAGAGCACCGACGGCACCAAAAAAGAAGACUCCAGGGAAAUAGGGGUUGGCACAGCUGAUGCCCCAGGACACAAUGCCCUCCAGGUAUCCAUUACACACCAGAGGUCCCCCGGAGUCUCCCUGGAAACCAAAAGGACAAAACGGUCAGACGGGUCAGGACGACGAAAUCCGAAUCAUUGGAGGAGUGCAGCCUGCCCCAAAUUCUAUAAAGUAUAUAGUUUCUAUACAGACGCGACUACGCCAGCACUUCUGCGGAGGCUCACUCAUAACCAAGUACUGGGUCCUCACGGCAGCACACUGUAAUAAAGGGAUAGACAACAUGAUGGUGGUGGCUGGAGAUUACACUCGGGGCAUCUAUGAAGGCACAGAGCAGGAGAUCUUCCCCCAGGUUUUGAUACCUCAUCCUGAAUACAACAGUGUGACCAACAACAAUGAUAUUAUGCUUAUAAAGCUCCAAGUGCCGGUGUGGCUGAAUAACUACAUCUCAAUCAUCGUCCUGCCUCGUCAGGAUGCCACCCGCGCCCCAGGGUCCAUGUGUCGUGUGUCAGGGUGGGGCAGCACCCGACCACAAGGAGGCAGUAUACCCUCUGUCCUACAAACCGUCAAACUGCCCAUUGUGUCCUCAGAACAGUGCAACAGCAGCAUGUCGUACAACGGCUCCAUCACGAAGCACAUGAUCUGUGCUGGAUACAGUACCGGAGGGAAGGACGCCUGUCAGGGGGAUUCUGGUGGUCCGCUGGUUUGUGACGGCCUGUUGUACGGCAUCGUAUCCUGGGGCAUUGGCUGCGCUAUGCCUACCUUUCCUGGAGUCUACACGGCCGUGUCCAACUACCGCGCGUGGAUAGAAGACGCUGUGUUUAGCUUUUAUAGGAGGUGUAACUAACUUUAUCUGACCAAGGUUUUCAAAACAACACUGUCUCUGUACACUGCAAAAAAGUAUAAUAUCUACUGUAGGUUUAAAUCAUUUGAAAUAAGAAAAUCAAUCUGGAUAUGAGCAGGUUUGACUUGACCUUUCACAGCAAAUAUCUCAGGCUAUUUGUUAGAUAAGAAUUCACAAACUCAUGACAAUUCACCAACUGUAAGGUUAAUCAGGUGAGAGGACCAAUCACGUCGCAGCAUUAAGGUUUGUUGGGACACCAAAGGCCAAGCACCCAAACAAACCCAAACAAACAUGGCGACACCGACAGACAUACUUCAGCCUGUUUUAGAAAAAAUACAGACUGUUUUGUUUAUGGAAAAAGUGUAGAGGUUGAGAGAUUAUUUGUGGACAGGGAAGAUGUCUGUGCUUUUCUCUCAACUGGAUGUAACUAAAUUUAGAUUUUCUUUUGGUUUGUUCCACCGUUAUGACACUUCAGCCAACAGAUUCAAAUAGUCAU